AUGGACGCUGCCCAACUUGCACCAAGCCAGCACCAGCAUCUAAGCAUCCAUACCAGCGCCGGCCAAGCAACGAUGAAUGGCGUUUUGCCGUCCCCGCAGUACGAGUACGAUCGCGAGUGGCGCUGGCCCUGGUGGAAGUUUGAGCUCAUGCCCGACGUCCUCUUCACGACGCUGCACGAACGGUUCAACACCAGAACAUGCCCCAUCCAAUUGCCACACACUUUCCUUUUCGACGUCCGCGCCUGUGCGGAGGAGUCCCACGACAUAGAUACGUUCUACGCGAAACUUGCCGAAAAGAGAGACCAACGAGUCGCCGAGCUCGAGGCUGCCUGGGAGGAGGUUAGCGACAGGAUGCACUCGCUGUUGAAUCGCGGGCCAGUGUGUGGGCUCCCUGGAUGCAAAUCCAUGGAGAUGGAGGACGAAAAUCCGUUCUCAAAGAGCAAUAACCGAUUUGCCCGGAGUGCCGCAUUUUGCCAUCUCUCGAGAACCAUGGCGUUCGACUGCCUGAUCAACUUCUUCGACGGCUUGGUACGCGACAAUCGCGAGAAGGAUAGGAGGAGGGAAGAGGAUCUCAAGACUCCGGCACGGAACCUAGAACUCACAUACGACAGCGAAAGUAUUGGCGCCGGCCAGCCCCCCACAGCCGACGCAGACGACGCCUUCGCCGGAGAUCCUGUCCGACCGACCCCGCCCCAGCCAAUCCGCCAUCCUCUAUCCCCCUGUCUGUCACCCGAAUCGACUCCGAGCGACGAGGUCGACCCACCACAAAUCUUCCCGGAUCAGAAGGAUGCGGGUGGUGAAAGUUCCCCUAAUCCCGUCCCCGCCGACGAUCCCACACCCGUGUCAUCUGGGAGGCAUAAUUCUGCCCCGCUGGCGACCGAGGCGACAAAACAGGCCGCAGGUGCGCCACAAUGCGACCCGCCUUCGACUCGUCGCCGCCCUCCCGGCGGCUUACCCAGCCGACCACAACGGAAGAGAAAGAGAGACGAGCCAGAGAGCAACUCGGGCGGCGGCGGGGCGACGGACACAGCCGUCGGUGAUUCCGAGGCGCAAGAUACGGGUGUGGGCCAAAUCACCGAGCGGCCUCCUGCCAACCGACAGGCGGCAAGACGGCUAGGGGGCGGCAAACGUGGAAGGACCGCCCAGGAGGAGCGCGCGUGUCGCCAGGUGAGCGACGAGGCAGACGCGCCGUCUUCAUGA